UGUGCACAGCCGAAGAGGUGGAAGGCGUACGAUGGAAAAAUCACUGAAAUGGAUACACAGUACACACUCCGUGCCAGAGAACUAUUUGAAAUCUAUCGCAGCAUUAGCAUGGAUGACAUCCCAAACGAUGAGAGAAUAGAUAGACUGUUAACACUCAGACGUACAGUGAAGGAACAUGAAUGUAAAUUAACACAGGAAAUAGUGGAAUUAAUUGACAGGGAAGUUGAUCUUAUGUUGAGAGAGGUGAAAAAAUGCAACUUAGAAGGACUGAGGAAAAGAAUUUGUACAUUAUUUCUUCAGUAUGUUAAAACUCCAAAGUUUAACCCUGAAGUUGCUAGGAUACUUAAGGUUCCAACAGAUCCCUUAAAGCUUUAUAAAAAAGUUAACUUCUGUCAUAGUUGUGAAAAUUACUUACCAUCUACUGAGUUUCCUGUUCCUGCUAAUUCCCGCACCAUUGGCAGGUGUCGCUUGUGUUGCAAGCUUGAUAAUGAGGCUCAGCGGCGAGAAACCUUUUUGAAGUACAAACUCAUACUAGAAAAUCUGAGAAAGUCUGAAGCUGAUUAUCAGGAUAAUUCCAAAAUUGUUUUCUUAGUUCAGCUUCGAGAUCUGCAGUACAUGAUUGAGAACAUAUGGGGGUGUCAGUCAGCUCUCAGUGCCUGCAGUGACCUCUAUGAUUUGGUUAUGGUCAGAUGGGAUAAGGGGUGUGAGUGGUCUCCGUGGAACACUGUUCUCCUCACUAAAGAUGAGGCAGAUGCGCAUCUUAAGCUGUCUAACCUUCAGGAGGCUUAUGAAGCGGCAUUUAUUCACAGAAUAAAACGAAAGCAUAUCCGGGCAGAAAACUACUUUGCUCAGAUUCCAGUGAUGAUGACAUUUUUGCAUAGGAGUGACAAUCAGGCUAAUGCAAAUGACUUUUAAUAGCUGGUACAAAACCAUAACUCUUAGGUGAAGUUAACUGAAGUUUAAAAAGUUAACUGA